UUUCUCUCAUUUUUUAAUUUCCAGAAGCGGCGGGGAGUCGCAUACGGAUCAUUUUCUUCUGAAUGAUUGUUUCUGAUUCUUUUUCUUCCAUUUAUUUUGUGAAUUUUGGCAAGAAGAUGCUGUUGACAUGAACUGGGAUGUUCGCCAGUGAGCCCCACGCACUUGGGUGGGAAAUUUAGCAAUCAUGAUGUGUGGUUUCUGGUCUACUUACGAAACCAUCGCCUCUGGGUGAUACUGGAUUCGGCAAGAAUUUGAAAAUGUCCAGGAUAACAACGUUUCUGGCAUAUCAUUCUGCAACCCCAAUGAUUUGUGAUUCCUUUUGUGACUUAAUUCUUCCCUUUUGUCUAUAAAAGUCCGUUGAAGAACUCGAUUGAGAAUCAGUGGAGCAAAGUGGAUGCCACAUUGUAUCUAUACUAUAGACGGCGCCCUGGAUAAGGCUUGGAGACGUUUUAUUACACCAGAAGUUCAAGGAACGAUUUUCAAGCAGGAAACCAUGCGUUCUCAAGUGGAAUAUCCGAACGCGUUGGGCAACGCGUGAGCGACAUUUAUGUUGAAGUAAGGCGACGAGAUAGCAUGUCUUCCAGGGUAUCAUCAGAAGAGGGAGCUAUGGAAGGACUUCUCAAGGGACUUAUCAACAUUGGCAUUGAAGCAGUGCAAGAUUUUGCCGCUGGAAACCAAAAUGCGGACAAUUCGCAGUCAAACGAUCCAGAUUCGAGAAAGGAGGAAGAGGCGCAACCGAGAUCCAGGUGGGAUAAGCACCCUCAUACCAAGCAUCAGCAGGCACCAGAUGAAUACAAGCAAGCUUUCAAGAGGAAUGCAAGCGAUCAGGACUAUUCCGAAGGUGUAGACUCUUCGUCUAUAAACCUCGAACCAACGGACGAGGAACUUAGUGACUACCGCGUUGCUUGCAGCCGGCUUUGGGAUCUCGACAUCGACCGCCUUGUUCCUGGCCGUGACUACGAGAUCGACUGCGGAGAUGGGAAGAGAGUCUACAGCAAGGAGGAUAUGGCUUCCAACGAGCUCUUCAGAUUUGUCAGCCAGGACGUUUUCAAAAGUCCAACUUACGCCAGGUUCUACGCGCUGCUGGACAACUAUCACGCAGAUCAGGAUGUUGCAGAGGAGUUCUCGUCGAGGGAAGAGCAAGAACAGAUAGCUUUCGUGGAAGAGAUAAGCAGGACGGCUCCAAUCCAGUACCUGUUCAAGUACCUGGUUGCAAGCCGGGCCAUCCAGUCGGACAACUGGGAGGAGUUCAAGCGGAUGCUCCAGCGGCUAUGGUUCGAUCUCUACAGGCGAGAUAACACGAGAAACUCCUCUUCGGCGUUUGAGCACGUUUUUGUGGGAGAGAUCAAAGACCGGGAGAACAACGAUGAAGAAGUCUCCGGCCUCCACAACUGGAUCCAGUUCUACAUUGAAGAAGCAAAGGGGAGCCUGGAUUAUCAAGGCUAUAUACUACCAAGGAGGCGCGGUGGUGACGAGCCUGACUCGCAUACCCGACUUGUCACAGUCCAGUUCACUUGGAAUGGUGCUCGCAAGCCAGCGUCAAGCUCUUUCAUUGGAGUGAGUCCCGAGUUUGAGCUAGCGCUCUAUACUCUUUGCUUCUUCUGUGGUGACGAAGACAAUCAUUUGGUUCUGGGAUCCUAUGCUGUAAACGUGAAGUGCUACAGGUAUGGAAGAAAUCGAAUUGGUUCAGUAUUUCCUAUAGCUGAGGAAUGAAAAGUUUCGUUUCUAAGUUUCUUCACACUUUUCUUUUUCGCGAGAAAAGAUCAAUCUCUUAUUGUUUUUGAAAAAAGAAUAAUUGAAAGAAAUAAUUAUUGUUGGCUCG